CAUCCAGGCUAAACAGAAAAGGGAAGUUGACCGUGAACGUCUCAUUGCGAUACACGGAUUCUCCAUCUUCCUCCGUCCAGCCGGGGACCAGCCUUUAAUUCGACCAAACAUCCAUCCACAACCCUCCAGGUAAAAGGACCAGAAUCAUGACGGACUCCAAAUAUUUUACAACGAACAAAAAAGGAGAGAUUUUUGAGCUGAAGGCCGAGCUGAACAAUGAGAAGAAGGAAAAAAGAAAAGAGGCCGUGAAGAAGGUGAUCGCUGCCAUGACCGUGGGCAAGGAUGUGAGUUCUUUGUUUCCAGAUGUUGUCAACUGCAUGCAGACCGACAACCUGGAGCUGAAGAAGCUGGUCUAUCUGUAUCUGAUGAACUACGCCAAAAGCCAACCUGACAUGGCCAUCAUGGCCGUCAACAGCUUUGUGAAGGACUGUGAAGACCCGAACCCUCUGAUCCGGGCUUUGGCGGUCCGCACCAUGGGCUGCAUCCGUGUCGACAAGAUCACCGAGUACCUGUGUGAGCCUCUGAGGAAGUGUCUGAAGGAUGAAGACCCCUAUGUGAGGAAGACUGCAGCAGUCUGUGUGGCAAAGCUCCAUGACAUCAACGCUCAGAUGGUGGAGGACCAGGGCUUCCUGGACUCUCUCAGAGAUCUCAUCGCAGACUCCAAUCCCAUGGUGGUGGCAAACGCAGUGGCUGCCCUCUCUGAGAUCAGCGAGUCUCACCCCAACAGCAACCUGCUGGACCUGAACCCCCAGAACAUCAACAAGCUGCUGACGGCUCUCAACGAGUGCACGGAGUGGGGUCAGAUCUUCAUCCUGGACUGUCUGUCCAACUACAACCCCAAAGACGAGCGCGAGGCUCAAAGCAUUUGCGAGCGCGUCACCCCCCGUCUGUCUCACGCCAACUCUGCCGUCGUGCUGUCAGCCGUCAAAGUGCUGAUGAAGUUUUUGGAGCUUCUGCCGAAAGACUCCGACUACUACAACACCCUUCUCAAGAAGCUGUCCCCGCCCCUGGUCACCCUGCUCUCUGGGGAGCCUGAGGUCCAGUACGUGGCUCUGAGGAACAUCAACUUGAUCGUCCAGAAAAGACCGGAGAUCCUGAAGCAGGAGAUCAAAGUCUUCUUCGUCAAGUACAACGAUCCCAUCUACGUGAAGCUGGAGAAGCUGGACAUUAUGAUCCGCUUGGCCUCUCAGGCCAACAUCGCUCAGGUUUUGGCUGAGCUGAAAGAGUACGCCACGGAGGUGGACGUGGACUUUGUGCGCAAGGCGGUUCGAGCUAUUGGACGCUGCGCCAUCAAGGUUGAGCAAUCCGCUGAACGCUGUGUCAGCACCCUGCUGGACCUCAUCCAGACCAAGGUCAACUAUGUGGUCCAGGAAGCUAUCGUGGUCAUUCGAGACAUUUUCCGCAAGUACCCCAACAAAUACGAGAGCAUCAUCGCGACUCUGUGCGAGAACCUGGACUCCCUGGACGAGCCGGACGCCCGCGCUGCCAUGAUCUGGAUCGUGGGCGAGUACGCCGAGAGGAUCGACAACGCCGACGAGCUGCUGGAGAGUUUCCUGGAAGGAUUUCACGAUGAAAGCACUCAGGUCCAGCUCACUCUUCUGACUGCCAUCGUCAAGCUCUUCCUGAAGAAACCGUCUGAGACUCAGGAGCUGGUGCAGCAGGUUCUCAGUCUGGCCACUCAGGACUCGGACAACCCGGACCUGCGCGACAGGGGCUACAUCUACUGGCGCCUGCUGUCUACGGACCCCGUCACCGCCAAGGAGGUGGUCCUGUCAGAGAAGCCGCUGAUCUCAGAGGAGACCGACCUGAUCGAGCCCACUCUGCUGGACGAGCUCAUCUGCCACAUCGGCUCUCUGGCCUCCGUCUACCACAAACCACCCAGUGCGUUUGUGGAGGGCAGCCACGGGAUCCACCGAAAGCACCUCCCAGUUCAGCACAGCAGCAUCGACACCGGCGAGAGCCCAGUCAGCGGAGGCCCGGCAGCAGCCAUGGACCAGCCUCAUGUCAUCCCCAGUCAGGGAGACCUGCUGGGCGACCUGCUCAACCUGGACCUGGGUCCUCCAGUCAAUGUGCCGCAGGUGUCGUCCAUGCAGAUGGGGGCGGUGGACCUGCUGGGAGGAGGUCUGGACAGCCUGCUUGGGGGAGACCUGGGCGGAGGUGUUGGGGGAAGUCCUGCAGUGGGCCAGAACUUCAUCCCCUCGUCCGUACCCAACACGUUUGCGCCGUCCCCGACACCUGCUCCUCCAGCGCCCAGUAGCGGCCUGAACGACUUGUUCGAGCUCUCGACUGGGAUGGCCAUCACCACUGGAGGAUACGUGGCUCCCAAAGCGGUCUGGCUGCCAGCCGUGAAAGCCAAGGGGCUGGAGAUCUCCGGGACGUUCUCCCGUCGCCAAGGUCACAUGUACAUGGACAUGACCUUCACAAACAAAGCCCUGCAGCACAUGACCGACUUUGCCAUCCAGUUCAACAAGAACAGUUUUGGGAUGAUCCCCACCAGCCCUCUCCCCAUCCACACUCCACUGAUGCCCAGUCAGAGUAUCGAGGUGUCGCUCCCCAUCAACACCAUUGGCCCGGUCAUGAAGAUGGACCCACUCAAUAACCUGCAGGUGGCCGUGAAGAACAGCAUCGACGUCUUCUACUACAGCGUGCUCAUCCCGCUCAACAUCUUCUUCGUGGAGGAUGGAAAAAUGGAGCGUCAGGUCUUCCUGGCCACCUGGAAAGACAUUCCCAACGAGAAUGAGCUCCAGUACCAGAUAAAGGAGUGCCACCUAAGCGCAGACGCGGUUUCUGGGAAGCUGCAGAACAACAACAUCUACACCAUCGCCAAGAGGAACGUGGAGGGUCAGGACAUGCUCUACCAGUCCCUCAAGCUGACCAACGGCAUCUGGAUCUUGGCGGAGCUCCGCAUUCAACCCGGCAAUCCCAACUACACGCUGUCGCUCAAGUGUCGGGCUCCAGAGGUCUCUCAGUACGUCUACCAGAUGUACGACGCCGUGCUGAAGAACUAGCCGCCUCUGCCCUCGACUACAAGCAACCAGUGUUUUUUGUUGUUCCGUCAUCGGCAGCAACAAACUGCCACAACAAAGCAAAGCAGGGGGGUCAGAUGGAGGAAUUGCUGGUCACCGAUCGUCUCUUCCAAACGCACAGCUCGACUUUGUUCUGGCAGUUUGAGCUCCUCUUCUCUCUGUAUUUACUUCCAAGUGAAAAUGUGUAAGCCAUUCCACCCUGAGCUGUGAGUGUCUUAAUGUUGUGAAAAUGGUGUGCCCAACAGAGGAAAAGAAACUCUCCCUGGUGUCUCCACACAGUUUUCUAUUUGUGCUCCAACUGCUUCUAUAACACAACACUGGCUCCGGCAUCUAUCAACAACUUGUCUCACAAUUUUGGGUGACCAAAGCUGAAUUAGUAAAAUAGCAGCAUCACAUAGCCGCAUCUAAAGCUUCACCGCAACUGUCUCUGCUGAACAAUGUAAUUCAGUAUUGCAGUUUGUAUGAUCAAUAAACUCUGAGUGAGUUUCAGCAGCCGACCUGCUCUUCACCUGCUCUGCUUGUUUUCCCCUGAGGCCAGUGUUGUUGCUGCGUAAACCUGUGUCUCCUCACAGGGUUGAAAUGCCAAUUCUAGACCCAAAACUUGCCAUCGUGUUUGCUGUUAAAGUGACUGUGCGACACCAGGAAAGUAUUAGUCCCGUGUAGUUCAGUGAUGUCUGAGGAUUCAAACAGAUAUUUACUCCGAGGUCGAGAUCAAAGGUUGUUUAGGCCGAGUAAUGUCACAUUCUAUUCCAUUUCAUCCUGCAUUUCUCCAGCUUAUUCUUCACACUCCUACCUAGAAAUGUUUAUCGAAAGUUGUCAGUAAUAAACGUUGAUAUUUUUAGGAGCACAGAUUACAAAUGUGUCGUAGUUCCACAUUGAAAUAAAAAGAAAAAU